AUGAAUAAAUUGCUGGUUAUAAUUGUCUUGCUGUGUGUCGGUUACUGCGUGGCUAUAGAUCCCGUGUGCUUACUACCAACUGAUACUGGCCCAUGCAGAGCAUUAAAAACGAGAUAUGCGUACAAACAAGUUCAAGGCGAAUGCGUGACAUUCACAUAUGGAGGCUGCCAAGGAAACGCUAAUAACUUUGAAUCUCUUGACCAGUGCCGAAAAACAUGCUUGUAG